UGUUGUUUGGUCGUGGCAAAGUCCAAAUCGUUGUCGGCGUCAAUACUUUUGCUAACUUCUCUUUAAGAUUCCUGAGUACAUACAACAGCAAGAUGGCAGCUUUAACUGAAGUAUCUAGCAACAAAAUGUUUGGUGGCCUUCAGAAGGUGUUCAGCCAUGAAAGUUCAGAGUGCAAGUGUGCCAUGAAAUUUGGCAUCUACCUUCCAUCCCAAGUGGCGAACAAGAAACUGCCGGUUAUAUACUGGCUCUCAGGGCUGACAUGUACAGAGCAGAAUUUUGUUACAAAGGCCGGAGCCCAGCGAGUGGCAGCUGAGAAAGGAGUGAUCCUCGUUGCCCCGGAUACAAGCCCACGAGGUGUAAACAUUGAGGGAGAAGAUGAUUCCUAUGAUUUUGGGUCUGGUGCUGGAUUUUAUGUUGACGCUACAGAAGAGAAGUGGAAGACGAACUACCGAAUGUAUUCCUACAUAACCAAAGAGCUUCCGGCCAUAAUCAACAGUAAUUUCAACACCGAUGCAGACAAGAUCUCCAUAUUUGGACACAGUAUGGGUGGCCAUGGAGCCCUAAUCUGUGCUCUGAAAAACCCGGGCAAGUUCAAGUCUGUGAGUGCAUUCGCCCCGAUAUCCAACCCCAUCAAGGCUCCAUGGGGCAUUAAGGCAUUCACUGGAUACCUGGGACCGGAACAGGCAAAAUGGAAGGAAUAUGAUGCUACUGAGUUAGCUAAGCAGUACAAAGGGCCAGAACUCAAUAUCCUUGUAGACCAGGGACAGGCAGACAACUUCUACACUGAGGGCCAACUACUGCCUGACAACCUGUCUGCUGCCUGUGCUGAGAAUAAUGUCCCCAUUACGUUGAGAAUACAGGAGGGCUACGACCACAGUUACUUCUUCAUUGCCUCAUUUGUGGAGGAGCACAUCAAGCACCAUGUGAAAUACCUGACCCAGUGACUAGAACAGCCCCUUGUGUCCAAUAAACUAUAGAGAUAUAAACUCAAACCUUAUAUAGUAUUACAAAAUAUUCGAAAAUGUUGAAACAGAUGUUAUUGGUAUACACCCUUUACCAAAACACUAUGUUUGACCGUUUUGGAAAAGAGUAUGCUCGAUUUAAUUGCAACAUGAUGUUGUAUGGAUAGUAUCAUUUACUCCAGUAAUUCAUGUACAUUAUCAUUUUUUUUUAGGAAUUCAUGUAAGAGAAAGAUUAACUGGUUGUUUUUCUAUAAUGGCAUUUAUUAAAAACUACUUGAAAUGUGUUAUUACUUUUCAUAAUCAAUCUUUAUUGUUGUUGAAAUCCAUAUAAAAAGAUGGGCACCUGUUUUUAAUUGACACCUCCACUAACCAGCCAUUCCUUAUUCCUCCUGUACCAAUUUUCUUUAUAAAUUACAUGUAUUAAGUUGACAAGGUUACACCUGUAUAAUUCAAUUAUUACAUUAAAUUCUUCUCUAUUUGAAGGUUUUACAAUUAUAAAAGAAAUACACAAAUCUUAAAUAAGUGAUCUGUCACUUGUAUUGUUCAUAACUUGUGGCCAAACCUGUUUGCAUAUUAGGAUAUCUUUUAAAUCUGGAAUAUUAAAGUGGAUAGGUAUUGUAAUGUAUGCAUGUGAUUAAUUUUGUAUUGUUUUGGAUUUAGUGCUGGAUAUAGUCAUUAUUAAGUGUACGUACAGUCAUGUAGUCACUAUUGUUUGAUUGUUAUAUGUUUUAUAAUCAUUGCCUUACCCUAUCCUUUUUUAGAGUUUGUCUAGCUUCUGUCUAAUACUGUGAUUUGUUAAUGACUGCAUUUUGUGAUCAUGAAUGCUAGUUUGCUAUUUGUUUCACAAUUAACAGAAUAAAAGUUAAAC